AGGAAAUGUAGUUUUUGCCAUUUUGUUCUUCUUUACCAAGGAGGACUCGUAGUUCCGUCAUGAGUUCGCUCAAGUUACAGAAGAGGCUCGCAGCCUCUGUUAUGCGAUGCGGUCGGAAAAAGGUGUGGUUGGAUCCUAAUGAAAUCAAUGAAAUUGCAAAUACAAAUUCCCGUCAAAGUAUUAGGAAGCUGAUCAAAGAUGGUCUCAUCAUUAAGAAGCCUGUGGCUGUGCAUUCCAGAGCACGUGUUCGUAAAAACACUGAAGCUAGACGUAAAGGACGUCAUUGUGGCUUCGGUAAGAGGAAGGGUACAGCAAAUGCUCGUACACCGCAGAAGGAUUUAUGGAUUCAAAGAAUGCGAGUUCUUCGUAGACUCUUGAAGAAGUAUCGUGAGACAAAGAAAAUUGACAGACAUCUGUACCAUUCGUUGUACAUGAAGGCCAAGGGUAACGUGUUCAAGAACAAGAGAGUUCUAAUGGAAUUCAUUCACAAGAAAAAGGCUGAGAAGGCAAGAGCAGAAAUGCUUUCAGACCAAGCUGAAGCGCGUCGUACUAAGGUAAGGGAAGCACGUAAACGCAGAGCAGAACGUAUCGCUACGAAGAAACAAGAAUUAUUGCAGUCCUAUCAGCGUGAGGACGAAGCAGCGGCAGCGCAGAAGAAGUGAUCUAAGAAUCGUACAGACUAUUGUAUAAAUAAAACAUAAAAAGAAAAAAAAAA